AGAAAAGGUGACGGCGCUCCAUGUCUUUGUCCAAAGCUGCCUGACUUCUGAAGGUCGUGCUCGACGGCGGUUUAAGUCGCGAGUUGGUGUCACGCCCGUCGGGCCCUUGUUCGAGUCCCGCCGGGCAGCAUAGGCGCCUUUGACGUGUUUGUGAUCCGAGCCCCUUUAUGACCGCACAACAAGUCUCUAAAACACACUUUUUGCAUUAUGUGCAACCAUUCCAUGCGGGGAAAGAAGCAUAACAAGCGUGUUUGCAGGCAACGACAACAACAACAACAACAUGAACGUGGAUAAGUUUCACCCUCUCCCAUUCCUGCCCACUAACAUCCAUCCUGUUACAGAGACCAGAGACUUCACCCCCUUUAUGGAAGGCUGCGUGCUGUUAAAACCUGACACUAAGGCCGUCAGAAAUGGAGCCAUGCCCAUGAGGAGGUUUUGCGGCACCCUCCCAAUCGUUGGCGAGCCCAAACAACUGGCAGUCGAGGUGGCACAAACCAAACCGGAGACCAAAGAGCAGAAAGCAGGCGCAGCGGAGACGUCCCAGAAGGUGGCGCCGGUCAAAAGGACCAAGUGUCAGACCACCAAGAAACAACAGACCCUCCCCAAGGAGCAGAGAGCGGAAGCCGCUGAGGUGCCGGCAAAUGUUCCGCCGGUCAAAAGGACUAGCAAACGAAAAGCAGCAACGAAACCAGAGCCCCUCACAAAGGAGCAACGAGUCGACGUCACCCAGGUCUUGGCCAAGCAAUUGCCCGCUAAAAGGCCCAGGCGCAAGUCCAACGCCAAAGCGGAGACCCUCGCCAAAGAACCCACCACCGAGUUGUCCGUCAAGGCCCUGCUGGCUAAGGUCCUAAACAGCAAAUACAGCGCGAAACCCGAAGUGGCCGUCGUCGCCAAGAAGCCGCAGGUGGAAGUCGCCGAGGUGUCCGUCAAAGCUCUGCUGGCCAAGCUAACCACCAAGAGGAAGUCCAGCAACAAAGCGGAAGCCCAAAAGCAAACCAGACAGCCUGUCAAGAAGGUCGCCCAGAAGGCCGCCGCCCUCCCGAGCUGUCCGUGCUGCCCGCCCGCCUUGCAACAGGUCGACACCACCCGAACGUUGUUUGUGCAGAAGUAUCAGCAGCUAGAGAAGCUCGGGGAAGGAGGCUUCGGAUCCGUCUACGCCGGUUACAGGAAAAGUGACUGUUUCCCGGUGGCCAUCAAGUACAUCCCCAUAGAAAAAGUAGAGAGUGUCUUUUUGAACAUCAUGAAGCAGCUGGUGGACGCCGCCAUCAAAAUGCACGCCGUCAACGUCUUCCAUCGGGACCUGAAGCAGAGGAACAUCCUGCUGGAGGCCACCUUCAGUCUCCCCCGAGUGCGCCUCAUAGACUUCGGCUGCAGCUGCUUCGUCAACGAGGAACCUUAUCACGAAUAUGCCGGAACCUUGCGCUACGCCCCUCCAGAGUACGUCUUGAAGAGGCCGUACAAGGCCGGCCCGGCCACCGUAUGGCAACUUGGCGCUCUGCUCUUCGAAUUGCUGGACGGAACCGAACGUUUUGACACCUUCAUGUUCCUCAUCAAGGGCCUCACAUUGAACCGGGUGCUCUCCCAAGGUAAAAGCCGUUUUCACCUUGAUGUCACACAUACUUCCGGGACCAAUGGAGGUUUGGUUCCUAGUCUGUCUCUUUGGAAGUGGCUACUACAUUGCAAAGACUUCUUAUGGAUUUGCUUGACGUCAGACACGGACCAGCGAGCCACCUUAGAGCAGAUGCAGUGGCAUCCGUGGCUCCUCUGA